AUGUCUCAAGACCAAGUUACCGCCCCCCCGAAACUCAAUAUGAGUUCAACCAUCCCUACGAUGGAUUUGCGAGUCUUUGUCCCGUCAGAACAACUUACGGGAAACUCGAGCGCCGAGCGCCAGAUCAGCCGACAUAACGGCAAUUACCGAGGAGAUUGCAGCCUUUCUAUCAACACUGGCGCCAAUGUCCAAGAACAGAACAACACCAAUCUUUGGAUUACAGGACUACCUGGCACUAUCACCAUCCAAGAACUGCUUGCCGCUAUUACGCGCACCGGAAGAGUUCGAUCAACUGUUGUAAACGCGCCGACCGGCACAAUCAUGACAGCAGCCGCGUCGAUCAGCUUCUUCAACCGCAAGGAUGCCGAAAACCUCUAUCGAAAGAUCGAGAACGGCAGGAUCCUGUACCGCGGAACGUUCCCGUCGAUACAGUGGAAUCGCAAUAAAGUUGGAGAGGGCGACGCACAUCCUCUUGCCAGCCGGGUACUUCUUAUCGCCGGUGAUCCUGAAAUUGUCAACGAGAAGUACUUGAACGAGUUCUUUUCGAAGAAAUUCGUGUACGAAAUCGAUUGUAUUAUCAAUCACGGAACGGUCGACGGAUUCAAUGGCCCUAUCAGUCGACUCGAGUACCGCUUUGGCUCGUGGCGCUCGCAGGCCUCGUCCGCGCGCCUGGCGUUGACGCUAGAGCUGAAAGGAUUCCUGCUGGUGGAAUACGGCCCCGAUCCUUGCGCCGGUCAAGGUCCGGGUCUUCGAUGA